AUGCCUGUCGAACUUCGCAAACGUCCUCCUCCAAAGGAGACUGCAACUCCUCCACCAACAGCUAAACGGGGGAGUGGAGCUAGUGCUACGGUGAAAAAGCUCGCCGAUAAGGCAAAGGCAGUGGUCAAUCCCAAGAACAGCGCAGGGGACACAUCGGCCACUAACGGGGCUACUCCCAAUGCUAAUGGUAGUGGAGGAGCGGGCGCCAUUUCCCCAGGUACAACAGUCAAUCUCGACGGAUUCGGUGGCACAGUCCAAACCCAUGAAGGCAAAGACGUGACUUUGAAGCAACUCGUCGAAGAGAGUCUUGCGGGCGUGGUCAUAUUUUCCUACCCCAGAGCGAGUACCCCCGGCUGCACCACGCAGGCAUGUCUGUUCCGCGACAGUUAUGCUCCUAUCACUGGGGCAUCCUUGUCAGUGUUCGGACUGAGUACGGAUAGCCCCAAGGCCAAUACCACUUUUGCCACAAAGCAGAAAUUGCCCUAUUCUCUUCUAUGUGAUCCCAAUGCAACUCUCACGGCAGCCCUUGGGCUCAAGAAGCCAGGGCCGGGGAAAUCCACCGCCCGAGGUGUGGUGGUGAUUGACAAACAGUCGGUCGUCAAGGUCCACGAGUUAGGCGGACCACAAAAGACUCUCGAUGUGGUUCUCGAUUAUAUCAAGAAAUCUGGAUUCACCGAGACGGGAGCACCAGCUGCUGUCGCCGCACCUCCAGCUGAUGACCCCGUGGCGACUGAGGAAGCAGCUAAAUUAGCUCAGGCUCCGACUGCAGCUGAUAAACUCGAUCCUUAUAAGCUUGACGAGGUGCCUAUCGCGAAAACGCCUAGCAAGGAAGAAGCUGAGGCGGCCCAAACAGCCGCUGAGGUCGGUGAUACUGCAGCAAAGAUUGAUCUUGCAGUGGGACAAAUGAAGCCCUAA